AUGAUCCCCGAGCCCGUCACGACCAUCCUGUCGCUCGUCAACGGCAGCGUCACCUUCGCCCAGUCCAUCUCGGCCCUCGCCAGCGCCCCAGAUGAGGUCAAGGUCGCCGUCAACACCCUCGCCACAGUGCAGGCCGAGAUCCAGCGCGCCACCGACCUGCGUGACCGAGCCUUUGACGUCACCAGCGCCGACGCCGGCGAGAGCGACACCUUUGUCAUGGUGCAGAAGGCGCUGCGCAACGCGCAGCAGACCGUAAAAGUCUGUGUCAAGACGCUCAACACCGAGUCCUUUGAGGACAAGGUCCCGACGACGACGAUGACAGACCGCAAGAAGAAGAAGAAGCACUCGACGACCCGAGUCCGCCUCACCUGGGUCUUUGGCGGCAAGAGCACGUACGACGCCAACAUGCAGAGCCUGCAGAUCCACCACCACAGCCUGGUGCACGCGACGGCGGCGCUCGAGGAGAGGCUGAAGGAGAUGGGCCAGAAUCCGCCGCCGUUUGCCCUGCCGUUUGGCGAUUUCGAGGAGGUCAGGAACAGCCGGCUUGGGCUCCCGAGCAGGGACGACAUUGCCUACUGGGUCGGUCCCAGGAGGAGCGGCGAGUUGCUGGCCGCGGAAGAAGAUGAUCAGAGUGUUGCCAGCAGUUCAGAUAGUGUAAAGUCGGUGAAGGUUCAUCAUAGAGACCAAGGCUCUCAGAACUUUGGAGGAACUGGACACCAGGAUAUCAGUGUCUUGGUCAUUAACGCGACAGAUGGUUCAGAGGUCGACAACACCUUUUUGGAUAAGCUCAAAGGUCAAGUCUAG